UUGGCUUGAGUGCCUGUCUGGAGCGCGACUGCGGCCUUCGCGGAGUGGACAGCGUAGGUGGAGAAUGGCUUCCACAAGAAAAGCCAGCUGUCCUAUAAGUGGUAUUUUUGGUGAUUUCAGUGAUGUUUCCUUAGAAGAUUCAAAGAUGGAAGAACCCAGAAACUUGAAAAUCAGUAGAAAUCUUACCAAAAUAGCACCUAGUCAAAGCAGAUUUCUAAAAAGAAACCAAACCCUGGGUGAGAAACACUUCCUCCCAAAGGAGAAGGCCAUCCUGGAGAGUGGGCCCAGGAUCUCCUCUGGUCGACCCCGCACCACCACCUCGAAGAUCAGAGCCAAUCCUGCACUCAUGAAGUUGGCCCAGAUAGAAACCAGGAUCAUGAGUCGGAAGGUGCACUUGAAUUUGUCUGACACCGAAUCUGACCCAAAGACCACUGAUGAUAGUUCUUGGAAGAGAGCAGAUGAAAUCCUCCCCAGGAGGACAGUUGAACAUUCCACACAGAAUACAGACCAGACUUCCCAGGAACAAGCCCAUGACAUUCCCAUCGCAGAGAGUAGUGCAUGGAGUGGGAAGGGCAGUAGGUUUCUAAAGAAGAAACAACCACCUGUUGAAAAUAGAUCCCCAGAGGCACAAGUUGGGAAAGAGAGGACUUUUCAAACACCCAAACUGAAAGAACCUGCUAGAAAAUUUGAUUCUCCAGACAGUGACGAAGAGGAGAUGAAAGAGUUGCUGGGGAGCUUGAUGGAAUCUUCUAGAGAAAAAGAAAUAUAUAUGAAUCAGGGUUUCAUCAGCACUGAAGUCAGUGAGAAAGAACAAAUACAGCUGUUCUCAGAUCUGAUCCCGACUCAACCGAGAGUUCUUUCUCUACCCAGCAUGGAGCUUUCCAGCCCAAAGCCUUCUUGGACAUCACACCUGCCAACCUCACAGUCUGCAGAUGGGACCCUUUGCAGCGCUCACUCAAGAACUGGCUCCCUGGAGAUUCAUGUUUCCGGUGACACAGCCUCCUGCACAUCGUCACUUUCCAUGGCAGGCACUUUUUCACAAUCAGCACCUUCAAAAAUAGGGUGCAUCAAGCUUGUGUCCUCCCCCAGGAAUGAGGCUGGGCCUCAGGAUGAGUCGGUCUCGGAAGCUACUGAUGACAGCCUGAACGAUUUUAGAGUCAAUCUUUUAUCCCUUGAGGACCUGGCUCCAGCUGUCAGUGAGAAAUCAGACUUGGAACAGAAAAAAGAAUCUGCUCAGAGGAAAAAACCAUCGAGCAAAAGCUGCCUGGCCAAGGCGCCUGCUAGGCAGAAAAUGCCGAGACGUGCCCAGGCUAGAAGCUCGGUGUCUCAGAGUGAGGUCGCCUCUGCAGACAGGGACGAGGACCUCCCCACUGAAAGCGAGGUCUCAGAGCAUCUGAGUGCCAAUGUGACCUCAACUGCCUGGCAGGACAGUGCGGCCAGCACGAAGCCGUCGUCCGGAGCUCUGACAGUGAGCACAGUGAGCCCAGCUUAUUCUGAAGACUUUGAACACUCCCCAAGUCCAACAGCAUCUGAGCCAACAGCCCAUUCUGAGGGGUCUCUUGGCCGAACACAGGACACUUUGUCUUCAAGUCUGGAGACAGGCCUUCCUCCUCACCCAUCUGAGUCCGGGAGAAAGUGGGGCAGGGACGUGACAAGGGUCACUGUGAAGGAGACAGCCGUGCAGACUCUUGAUCCUGCCUUCACCUACCAGUGGACCACGGCGGCUGGCGUGGCAGCCUUUGGGCCUGCCCUGGGAGGCACCUAUGUGGACCCAGCACCCAUCGCCAGUCACAUCAUCCGUGCAGAUGCCAUAGAAGCCCUGACAGCUUAUAGCCCGGCCAUGCUGGCACUGAAUGACCUGCUGAAGCAGCAGCUGAGCCUGACGCAGCAGUUCCUCGAGGCCAUUCGCCACCUGCACAUCUCCCUCCUGCAGUCCCUGGACAGCGACUCGUUCCACUACCACACCCUGGAGGAAGCCAAAGAGUACAUUAGGCGCCACAGGCCUGCCCCGCUGACCAUGGAGGAUGCCUUGGAAGAGGUGAAGAAGGAGCUGUGAGCACCAGGAGCCUGUCUUCUCAGUAGGUUGUCAUGAGCAGAUGGUGUGCCUGGCAUCCUUGAUGACGCACCAGGGCCAGUGGAAAUGGAGUCCUGGAUGGAGCUGUCACUGCUCAGGGCAGGAUGGGGGCCACCAGCCUCUGCAGAGCAGCUCCACCCACCCAGGUGUUGGCUUGCCAGCCAGCCUGAGGGAGAUGCGGCAGAUGGCAGAAGCCCCAGAGACACAGGACCAGGUCACAUGCUGGAGACUCCGACCCCAGGCUCCACAGUUCAGUGAGUCUGCACCAAGAAGGUGCCCCCACCCUGCAGCCCGAGCACACUUCUGACCAAAAUACACAGAGAAAAGGUCUUUAAAAAAAGUCUUUAUUUGAAGGCAAAACAGUAAAACCCACAAGAAAUCAUCAUUAACAGCAUGUGUGUACAUUUUCUCCUGAAUCAGAUACUUUUGAACAAUUCACAGCUACGGGAAAUCUAGAAGAAAAUUGAGUAUUUUAUCACAUCAGGUUGAAAAGUUGGAGAGGACUUUGCAUCUUAGUGAAAAGGAUUUUUCAAAAAUGUUUCUGUACAAAUAAACGGCACUGCACCAAGUUGCCCAAGGACACCACGUGUGGCCGAUCCCAGCAGGUCACCCAGAAGCUUCCAGCCUGGCAGAGGUGGCUCCCCUCCUGCCCCCCCCCCCCGGGCUGGGCUGGGGUAUGCAGAUGAAGGAGAGAGCAGGAGGCCUAGCUGGGUGGUCGCGCUCUACACUCUGGGUCUGAACAGGCUUUCGCACACAAGUGCUGGUGUGGGGCUGCUUCUAAGUGAAAAACGCAAGCAGGGCAUGAAGUAUGAGAUUCUCAGCGCCAUUCCUUGCCCUGAAGAUGCCUUGGACCUGUUUCCUUAGAACUUUUCAUUUCUCCAGAUAAUAGCAAAUGGGUAACAUUUGAGAAAAAAAAAAAAUCAACUUACACAACUAAAGCAACUGAACUAAGGCCAGUAUAUCUUAGAGAAAUCAGGCUUCAAAUGAUCUCAGUGGGGAUCACCUUAGAAUAAAAUUCUUUUCUCUAAAACUAAACCAACUGGAGUAAAAAUGAAAACCCUGCUUAACUUUGCAAAUCACAAAGGUUUUGUGUUUCCAUUUUCAAUCAUGAGCAGUCCUCGCGCCUGGCCUUGGCUGUGUCACUGCACAGCGAGGUGUAGUGGGUCAGAGCUGGCCCGACCUGUCCGGCUGCUCACGCAGGGCCGCUCCUCCGCAUGCUCCCGCGGUCUGAGAGGAGGCUCAGAUCUGACUUAGGGCAGAUGCGCACCAGCCACUCCUGCAGGUAGGAAGCAUUCUUAUUCGGGGAGUGGAGGGUCUUGUGGUUCUUGCUUUGCUGUAAAGGAAAACGAGCUCACAGCCGUGGUGGCUGUGGCACCUCCGGAGCCCGAGCCCCGUCCACGCCGUCACGCGCGACGCUCCUCACUAGGCAUGCGUUAGUCUUCCUUCUCUUCCUGUCGCGCCCCAAU